CCCCUCACAGGGUGCAGCAGAGGCUCGGGACGGAUUGGCCUGCUCGGGAGGGAGGGGCAGACACGUAAGGGGCGCGGACCACGUGUCCAAGGCCGGCCAAACGGUGACCCAGUCCGGAAACCGGGAGGGUCCCGUGGCGAAAGUGAGCAGAAGGCACCUGUUGGAGGGGCUGGCUGGACUCGAACCUGGUACCACCGGGAAAUGGCCGCAGCCAGGGCUAGCCUGGGCCGGAUCGUCCCAGAGUCCUCCAUCCUGUUCCUAUGCGACCUUCAGGAGAAGUUUCGUCCCAGCAUAGCCUACUUCCCACAGAUUGUGUCGGUGGCCGCUCGAAUGCUAAAGGUGGCCCGGCUGUUGGAUGUCCCUGUCUUGCUGACGGAGCAGUACCCACAAGGCCUGGGCCCCACAGUGCCCGAGCUGGGUGCUCAGGGCAUUCGGCCAGUGAGUAAGACAUGCUUCAGCAUGGUGCCCACCUUACAGAAGGAGCUGGAUGGCCGGCGCCAGCUGCAGUCCGUGCUGCUCUGUGGCAUUGAGACCCAAGUCUGCAUCUUGAACACGGCCCUGGACCUCCUGGACCGGGGACUGCAGGUCCACGUGGUGGUGGACGCCUGCUCUUCUCGCAGCCAGGUGGACCGGCUGGUGGCGCUGGCCCGCAUGAGGCAGAGUGGAGCUUUCCUCUCCACCAGCGAAUCGCUCAUUCUGCAGCUUGUGAGGGACGCUGCCCACCCCCAGUUCAAGGAGAUCCAGAAGAUCAUUAAGGAGCCAGUCCCAGACAGUGGGCUGCUGGGCCUCUUCCAAGGCCAGAACCCCCUCUUGCUGAACUCCAGACCCUGACUUGAGAUGGGAGCAUCAUUUUUCCCUCCUCUCUGAAUCCCACCUGGAGGCCUGCCCUGUGGUAGGGGAGGGGUGUUAUGCCUCCUGCUUAAAGAACUGGUCCUGGAAAUGCUAAUGAACUCUGAGUGCUGGAAGGGGUGUGGGACAUGGGGUUGACUGAGGAGAGGUGGAUGAGGGACUCUGCUCAGGUUCCCCCCAUGAGGUGGCAAACCAAAGGGCAAAGAAGUGUCACAGACUGGGACCCAGACUCCGAAUAAACAUGGAUGUGGCUGUGGACCAAA